UCUUCCAGAUAUCUUUUAUUGAAGGUCACAUUCUAGCAAGGUAGUGUGAAACAUGCACCUGCUGAUCAUGGGGUCAAGACCCUUCUGUCUAUUGAUGCUCUGCUGUUUUAUCAAUGUCUGCAACCUUCAUCCUCUCAACCUUCGUCCCAAUAAUGGACUUCGUUUGUGUCGCAAAAACUCGACUUUAUCAGCGCUGGAGGUUCUACCGGGUGGAGGCUGGGAUAACCUGCGCAACAUAGACAUGGGCCGGGUGAUGAAUCUAAGCUAUUCCCAGUGUCAGACCACAGAAGAUGGUGUCUAUCUCAUCCCAGAUGAAAUCUUUGUCAUUCCACAGAAAGUGAGUGGAGUGGAAACAAACUCUGAGAUCAUCAUGUCAUGGCUGGAACAAAAAAGCUCAACUUCAAGCUCCAUCAAUGCAGAUGUUUCUUUCUAUUCGGUGCUUAAUGCAAAAUUCUCCAUAGAAAACCAGCGUAUGAAAUCCCACCAAGUGAAGGAGAGUUCUGUAACGACACGAGUUCAAGUCCGUAACCAUCUGUACACAGUAAAGGCGUAUCCUGACUUCACUCUGGAUACCCGCUUUGCUCGACAAGCAGAGGAAAUCGCAGAUGCUAUUGAAAACAAUCAAACUCGUCAAGCAACUUACCUGUCAGAGAAACUCAUUCUUGAUUAUGGUACCCAUGUCAUCACAAGUAUUGAUGCUGGUGCAACUUUAGUGCAAGAGGACUAUUUAAAAAUGUCUUAUAUCUCUAACAGUCAGUCAGAUAUGUCUUCUGUUACUGCAUCAGCAGGAUUUAACUUUUUUGACAAGGUUAAAUUUGAUAUAGGUGGCAAUAUAUCCAAUGGAGCUUCUAAAACCAGCAGUUAUCAGGGUAACAUCACAUAUUCAUUAAUUCAGAGUCAUGGAGGGGCUUUAUUCUACCCAGGCAUCACUCUGCAGAAGUGGCAAGAGAGUACGCUCAAUAAUCUGGUGGCUAUUGACCGUGCUGGUCUGCCCAUUCACUAUUUUUUGAAUCCAACAACAUUCCCAGACCUCCCGACACCAACAGUAAAUAAAAUGGCUUCAUCAGUUCGUCAGGCUGCAGAGCAAUAUUAUAAAGUAAAUACGAUUCCAGGGUGUGUAAAUCCAGAUUCCAAAAACUUUAACUUUCAGGCAAAUGUAGAUGAUGCAUCUUGUGAGGGUCCAGUCACCAAUCUUAGCUUUGGUGGCAUUUUCCAACGAUGCACUCCAUUGACAUCAGAUGGAAAUGCUAUCUGUGAUGAAACAGCACAGAAAAACCCAGCUACUGGUGAUUAUUCUUGUGCUCAGCAGUACACCGCCACCUUAUUACGCUCAGAGACAGUAGAACGAGGUUAUAAUCAUUACGAAUGCCACAGCCACUGUCGCAAAUGUGGUUUCUUAUGGUUGUCCACUUGUUGUUCCCAAACCUGUGGUGAUGCUUAUCGUGUCCGUCGUGCAAAAGUUGAAACUUACUGGUGUUCCUCAACUCAGAAAACCCCUGAUUACUCAGGAUACCUUUUUGGAGGUCUAUUUGGACCAGGCAUGCAAAACCCACUGACCAAAUCUAAUAGCUGUCCUCCAAACUACUUCACCCAACACUUUUUGUCUAAUGGCAUGGUGGUUUGUGUGAGCAAUGAUUAUGAGACCGCAACAAGAUUCUCUGUGCCAUUUGGUGGCUUCUUCAGCUGCCAAUCUGGCAACCCUCUUGCAAAGGGUCAAAAUCGCUGUCCACCUCAGUUCAGCCAGCAUCUUGCUGGCAUCAGUGAUGGCUGUCAGGUAUUGUACUGUGUCCAGUCCGGUGUAUUCACUGGUGGUCACUUAAAACCUGUCCGCCUCCCACCAUUCACAAAACCACCACUUGUCAGCAUGAUUGCAACAAACACUGUAGCUGUAAUGACAGAAGGUGAUCGUUCUUGGGUGAGAGUUGGAGAAACUAAGAUGUGGAGAUUGGCAAAGCCUGGUGAAAUUAAUCAAAUGGCAUCAAUGUUUGACACAUCUUCUUCUCAGUUGUCUGGAGGAGAAAAAGCUGGCGUUGCCAUAGGUUUAAUGGUCCUGGUUGCUCUUGUGGUCGCAGGAACAGUGUUCAUAAUGAAAAGAAGAAAGAGGUUUUCUGCCACUGGGUUGAGCAGAGGGUAUGAAGAGAUUGAUAGUGAGGGUCAAAGUGAGAGCAUUGUAGAGAUUCAAGGAGAACAACUGAAUGAGAAUGCAAAUGAAAACCCUACUCAACCCCUACUAUCAUAACAAUCAUUUUAAGAUGACUGUGUAAGAUGAUUAGUAAUAGUUACAGCAGUAGUGAUCUUGGUCAAGAAAAUAUUCUUUAAAGGCAACCUUUUACAUUUGGAUUAAAUCUGUGCGCGUUAACUGAAUGUCAUAAAAACAUUACACAAAACAAAAAUAUAUUACAAAUUUUUCAUUGUGAGAAAGGACUGUACAUUAAGUUUAUACACAUAAUUUUCUACUGUUUUAUUAUUUCUACUGAUAUAAGUGUAUGUCUCUCUUUUUGUGCUUUUGUGACUAAUAAAGAGUUCUUAAAGA